GAGCGACGACGAGCGGAGGAGCAGCAGAGGCGCAGCACGCGUGAUCGAAGGGAGGGAGAAAGAAGUGCAUGCCACGGGACGAGCGCUUUGCCUACUCUCGACUCCAAUUCUGCAAUGCGACCUUCGCUUCGAUCUCACGGGACGGCACGUAGAGGGUGAGGCGGAGUGACGGGCGCAACGCAGCGCAGGAACCAGGCCGACAGACCCACCACACGAGUAGCACGUAAACGAAGGAAGUACAUGCAGUAGAAAAGUGCGCGUUUCUCCUCCGGUCCCCAUUCGAUUCGAGCAUCGCCUUCAAGGUUUUAAACGGAGAGUCGUCCGUUUUUGGGCUGCCCCUGAUUUCAGUUCGUGAAGCUGCAUUCGCCGCGGCUGCCCCUGCUGCCGCUGCUGCCACUAUGUCCGGGAAUCCCCGCAUCAUCCCGAAUGGAGGGUUUGCGCCCUCCGCUCCUCCUUGGGGCCAAUCUGCUUCGUCUUCUUAUUCCGCGGCUUACAAUGAUUUUGAACCGCAAGGUGGCAUGCCAAGACAAUCCGGGAGUAAUCCUGCCAACGCCUUCAACGAUGUAUUCUACGGUGCUGGUUCAGGAUUUAUCAAAAGUGGGCUAGGUGUCUAUGGAAACAAGAUCUUAGGAUCGGGCAGAGAAUAUGUUCAGAGUAAUAUGAGCAGGUAUCUUUCAGGUCAUGAUCUUCAGUACUAUUUUCAAGUUAACGAUCAAUAUGUGAAGAACAAAGUGAAAGUUGUGUUAUUCCCGUUCUUGCACAAGGGUCACUGGACUAGAAUCGCGGAGCAGGUAGCCGGGGGUCUCACAUACAAGCCUCCCCGCUAUGACAUUAAUGCACCAGACUUGUACAUCCCAAUUAUGGCCUUCGCGACCUACAUCAUUUUGUGCGGAAUCGCUCAAGGUCUUCUUGGCAAGUUUACCUCAGAUGUUAUGGGAGCAAAAUUUACAAAAGCGUUGGUGGGCUGGGCUGCGGAAGUUGUCUUACUGCGGUGUUCUUUGUAUGCACUGGGAAGUGGUGAUGCUCCUAUAUUGGAUGUCGUAGCAUAUUCCGGUUAUGCGUUCGUAGGUGUCAGCUUUGCCAUUCUCUUUCGUAUCUUGUCAAGUUACUGGAUCGUCCCAUGGGUAGUUGGAUUGUGGACGGGGUUGUGUAUGGCAAUCUUUUUGGUGAAAACCAUGAAGAGGAUUUUGUUCGCCGAAGUAAGGAGCUAUGACAGAGACUCUAGUAGGCAUCACUACCUGCUACUUUUCAUGGGAGUUGUUCAGCUCCCUCUUUUCUUCUGGCUGGGCAGUCUGUAACUUCUGUAACUCUGUUCAGUAGUACAAACCAUGACCAAGGCUCCAAUCGAAACCAAUCUCUUCCCCUCUUGUGACAUACAUUCUUUUUUCGUUUGUGAGCUUUCACUUGUGCAGUGCCUGCGGUUCCGGGGAACUCAAUCAAAGUUGUCCUGUAGCAGGGUCAUGAUGGUUUUUUACCUAGGUUGAGGCUAGCAAUUAUAGAAACGUAGUUUAUUUUGACCCGAAAUUAAGGUUUCGAUCGUACUUUUACCUAGGCUUGUAUUGAGAUCGUGCAGUGAUAAUCUAGUGGCUACCGUGCUCAGUAUGGAGUCUAGCAGGAGAUAUUUUGCGUCACUUAUUGAACGAUACACAAGGCGAGACUUUUCCUGCACCCUCUUUUGCCAAAGAAUUUUGGACGGGAUAGAUGAAUGUGCCAAGGUCAGGGCUGGUCAUCUUUCUGUUGCACAAUAUCUCUGCUGCAAUGCGUUCCGCAUUAUGGAUUCAUCAUUAGAUCAACUUGAAACUACUGUUGUGAAUUACCAGCUCGUUUUGCUGGGAAGUGAAAGGAAUGAUGGCCUGUGAGGCA